AUGAUGUGGAGGGGAUUGGAACACCUGAAUCACAUGAUAUGGAGGGGAUUGGAACACCUGAAUCACAUAAUGUGAAGGGGAUUGGAACACCUGAAUCACAUGAUAUGGAGUGGAUUGGAACACGAUGAAUCACAUGAUAUGGAGGGGAUUGGAACACCUCGAAUCACAUGAUAUGGAGGGGAUUGGAAACACCUGAAUCACAUGAUAUGGAGGGGAUUGGAACACCUGAAUCACAUGAUAGGGAGGGGAUUGGAACACCUGAAUCACAUGAUAUGGAGGGGAUUGGAACACCUGAAUCACAUGAUAUGGAGGGGAUUGGAACACCUGAAUCACAUGAUAUGGAGGGGAUUGGAAAACCUGAAUCACAUGAUAUGGAGGGGAUUGGAGCACCUGAAUCACAUGAUAUGGAGGGGAUUGGAACACCUGAAUCACAUGAUAUGGAG